CGCGUGUGUAGUAGCAGAGCCCACCCACCCGCACGUCAGUCGGUCCCGGGCGCUCCAGCCGAGAGGAUGUACCGCGCUCUGCCCGUGGGAUCUUUAGGCCAUGUGAUGUCUCCCUCCGCCAGCGGGGAGUGAUCGAGUGUGUGGCGUCUCGUCCGGACGUUGGGCGCCUGAAAAUGCUGUCUCGAGUGAGUCUCACGGCGGUGGAGACCACGCCACGAGAACCGAGGGUCGCGGGUUCCACUCAGCCGCCGCCGCUGGUGUAGCUGAAGCGGGUGAUGGUGUGGAGACCUGCCUGGCGAAGACUAUGACGAUAGCCUGACGAGUUGUAUAACAGACCAGCGAGUGUCUCCGAUCUGAACAGUAGUGGCAGCGCGGGGGCUUCUUGGACGAGGGCGGUUGAGGUCAGGCGCAAGAUCGCAAGGACGGCGCACGGACGGAACGGACGGACGCACGGACGGAAAGGAGGGAGGAGGAUCGCGAACGUCACCUCUCUCUCACUCGCUUUCUCUCUCUUUCCAUCUCUUUGUCUCGCGAGCGCUUACCUUGAAAAUAUACAAGUAAAUCAACAGCUAAUCUCUCACGGUGUUGUGGCGGUGAUGACAACACAUGGCGAGGCGGGAGUGUGCGCGCUGCCCCCCGCCAGGUGAAGGAAUAGACGCCAGAGUGAUUGCAAUCGGUGUUAGUUAUAGUUCUUGAGAGAAAAAAAAAGGGAAAAUAUUGAAAGAAAGAGCGGAAAAUUUGAAAAGAAAAAGUUAAGAAAAUGAAAACGGUGAAAAGAGUGGCGAGUAACUGCUCCACCUCAGGGGAGUACCACCACCAUCACCACCACCACCACCACCACCAUCACCACCGCCACACUAUCCGUUUCUCCUCUUCCUCCUCCUCCAGCCGGGCCGUGUGUCGCGGAGGAGGAGGAGGAGGAGGAGGGAGCAGUGGAUACGGCAAUGGCGGAGGAGGAGGAACGGGAGGAGGAACAGGAGGAGGAGGAGGAGGAGGAAGCAAGACCCUGUACCACUCCUCCCCCUGUGGCAAAUCUGAAACUCGUGACCUGGAGAGUGACGUCACGCCUCACCUGACCAAUAGGAUAGUGUACGGCGCGCCUGUGCUGCUCUCCCUCGUCCUGUACCUGAACACGCUGCACGCCGGCUUUGUCUACGAUGACCAUCGGGCGGUGCUGGGAAACCUUGACGUGUUGGGGUCUACGCCGUGGUGGUCUGUGUGGGGCCACGACUUCUGGGGAUCACCACUCUCCAGGCGGGGGUCCCACGGCUCCUGGCGACCCCUCACUACCCUCUCCUUCAGGGUGAACGCGGCCGUGGCUCGCGCUCUGGCCCCUGACUACGGGCUGGCGGGCACCGAAGGUCAUCCCGCCGCUGUGCCGCCGCCCACGCCACCCCUGGCACCGUCAUCGGCAGUGCCAACUCCCGCCGUGCCUUCCCUAACCCCUUCGCUCAACGCAGCCUUCUCAGCUUCCACUUUCCACGCUUUCAACGUUUUUCUCCACGCUGCCGUCACUGCUGCCUACGUGGGUGUGCUUCAGGGCGUGGGCGUGGGAACAUGGGCGUGUCUAGGAGCAGGGUCGCUCUUUGCUGCUCACCCUGUGCACGUGGAGGCCGUGGCAGGAGUGGUGGGCAGGGCAGAGCUCCUGGCUGCCCUUGCCUUUUGCCUGGCCCUCGCAGCCUACACCAGGUACCUUCGCGGGCGUGCAACAGGCCGGGCGUGGGGGCGGCGGCUGAGUGGGUGUGGUCAUGAGUGUGUGUGUUGGACGGACAGCCAUGGCGGGCGCUCCCUGCCUAGCGUCCUGUUCUUCUGGGGCACAAAGGGCAGGGGGGCACCACAUCUCCCAUCGUGGGCGUGGCUGUGCCUCAGCAUAGCAGGCGCGGGUGUAUCCAUGACGUGUAAAGAGCAGGGAGUGACGGCGCUGGGCGUGGGUCUGCUGCUGCACGCCGCGGCGGUCGUCACUAUCACGCCCAGGAACAAGGCCUUGGCGGCGAGUCUGGUGCGGGAGCUGUGGCCGGGCAGCGUUGGGGUGGCGGUGCUGCUCUGGGCGCGUGUGAGUGUCGCUCCCCACACGCCUUCCUUCACGUCCGCAGACAACCCGGCUGCCCACUCCCCAUCGCUGCUCACGCGCGCCCUCAGCAUCGCUCGGGGCUGGGCGAUGCACGGACGGCUGCUGGUGUGGCCCGCCACCCUCUCCUUCGACUGGUCCCAAGGUGCGGUGCCGCUGGUCACGUGCCUCAGUGACCCCGCCAACCUGGAGACCGCGGCCUUGCUAGGCUGUCUGGGAAUCAUAGCCGCCACCGCCGCCACUGCCUGCUGGAGGUCCCGCCACUCCUUCAGCUUGGCAGCCAAGUUGUACACAUAUCAAAGCCAGCACGCCUACCAUGACGUGCUCAACAACAACGUGCAGCAGCACGGGGAGGCGGCUUGUCCCGCCUGCCCCCAGCGCCGCUUCCCCCGCCGCUCCUCCAAUCCCCUGCUCCUCGUGCUGGCGUGGGGACUCCUUGUCGUGCCCUUUCUCCCAGCCUCCAACCUGGCCUCCUAUGUAGGUUUUGUGGUGGCCGAGAGAGUGCUGUACCUCCCCUCAAUGGGCGCCUGCCUCCUGGUGGCUCUGGGCUCCCAGAGCUUGUGGCACUCCUUUGGCAGCGGCAAAUGUUCCACCUCAGGUGAAGGUCGCAGCAAAGCCAAUGGACGGCGCGCGCGGCGGUGGCGGGUGAGCGUCAUAGGCGCCUGGAUAACUCUGCUGGCACUGCUGUCCGCCCGCACCAUCAGGAGAAACCAGGAUUGGCAGAGCGACGAGACACUCUACCGCUCUGGCGUUCCCCUCAACCCGCCCAAAGCCCUGUCUAAUCUGGGCGUGGUGUACAGCGAACAGGGGCGGCUUCAGGAGGCAGAGGCUUCUUACCGUGCCGCCCUCCGCCACGCCCCAGCCAUGGCCGACACCCACUUCAAUCUCGGCCUGCUGCUGGCGUCCACUGGCAGAGCGGAGGAGGCCAUGGAGAGUUACCACGCCGCUCUCCGGAGUCGACCAUGGCUGGCACAGGCUCACUUGGGCCUUGCGGCGGCACUGCAGACACUGGGCAGGGAAGCUGAGGCCACCAAGGUGCUGGAGGCGUGUCGGGAGACAGAGUCGGCCCCUGCGCGGGACGGGUUAGGCCACUCCUGGGCCGUCACCACCUGCAGGCAGCGGCUGGCUCGGGCACACCUUCUGGCGGGGCGGCCUCACAUGGCCCUGCAAGAGGUGGCUCGCGCCCUCCAGCUGGCUCCAAAUGGUUAUGGUGCCCAUUCCUUGCACACCCUGGCGGCGGAGGCUCACCUGGAGGCUGGGGAACAUGCAGAGGCCCAGGCCGCCCUCUCUCGAGCACUGGCAGCCCACCCACAUCACGUACCCGCCCACCUCACCUUCUCUAGGAUGCUGCAGGCCAACGGCAGCCGCGCCGAGGAGGUGGAGCAAUGGCUGAGGCGGGCGGUGGCUCUGGCGCCCAACGAUCCACACGCCCACAAGCACCUCGGCCAGCUGUUGUUGGAGCAGGACCGAGUGGAGGAGGCAGUCGGGGCGUGGCUGCGGGCAGCCCUGCUUGACUCCACAGACCACACCGCCGCUUUCAACGCCGCCACAGCCCUCAGACUGGCGGGGAGGAACCAGCACGCUGAAACCUUCUACAGGAGGGCCGUGCAGCUGCAGCCCAAGGACGUGGCCAGCCAUCGCAACCUGGGCGCCAUUCUGCACCUGAACGGUAAACUGGAGGAGGCGAGGAAGCAUUACGAUGAGGCCUUGGCGCUCUCCCCCGGCGACCCACAGACCACCACCAACCUGCAGAGACUCGCGGCACUCCUGCACAAGAAGGGUCUCUCCUAGUUGACCGCUGAAGGACCCUGAGGAACCCCGACAGGAGGUGCCACGGAGUCCCUGGCAAGACCAAAUCAGUCACUGUCAGUCGGGCGCUGCUCACAAGUGAAGCAGCCGACCCGUGGGAGCUUCCGAUUCAGAUUACUAUAAAUACUAUGUUAAAUCCGAGAAGAUGCGAUGAGUAACUCUCCGACAGACCAGAGGACACCCAUUGCUAUUUUUCUUUCACGGUGGCGGCAAAUCGUGUGGCUGUUGUAGAUUUACUGGGCCGGAUGUCUGUCUGACUGUCUGCUGCCGGCGGUGUCAGCUGCUCGCGCAUCGAUUAAGAAUCCCCUCAAGUAUCAGGAGCUCAAACUCGUAGUAAGCGACCCCAGACGACCUGCCUCGGGUGCUCUGGCGGCUUUGUAGUAUUCCUGUUUAACUCUCCCUUCCCUUCCUUCCUCCCUCCUCGUCCUACACCUCCUCAUCCUCCGUACUCUCAGCUCUUCCCUGUGUGGGAGGUCUGGAGGCUCCUCAAGAACCACUGAGGCUCCCCUUCGAGUGUGCACAACCUGAGAUCGAGAGCCGAGGAGCACGUCGAGGUGUCUGCCAGCGAAAUGUGGUGAAAACUGAGACAGUUACUGAGGUCAGGAGUCAUUGCUUCCUUCACACAAAACAACCGAGAGAUAAAGAAGAAAAAAAUAUAUUAAACGGUGAUAUGUUAUUGCUGCAACUUCCUUUCCUUCACUCAUCCAUAUUACAAUUUCUCUUUGUAUUCCUCUGUUAUUCAAUCUUUCCCAGUAACUCCAUCACUCACAAGUCUAUCUGUACGUGCUUUGUCGCAGUUUCUUUUUGCUGCGAGGCUGGAGAGGACGGCCGCCAGGAGGGGAGAUUACAGACACGCGGAAAGAGAAAGAGAAAACGUAUCUAUACCGGCGCACACAUUGGAAGGAUAACUGUGCCAUGUGUGCCCGCGGUCCCAGGUCAUUUAAAACGGAAAAAUUUUUGCUCUUGCCUUGCUUUAUUUUUCUCCUUCCUUUCUCAUUUCUACUUCCAUCUCUUUCUCCUGACUGAUUUGCUUCCAGUCAUUCCAAAAAUUAGACAUCGUUCGGAAAAUACAAAUCCUUGCAAGUUUUCAAUAUUCAAAGUAAAGUCUCUCUCUCUCUCUCUCUCUCUCUCUCUCUCUCUCUCUCUCUCUAGGCGUGAGAACCGGUACGUGGCAAUCAAAUAGAGCUGCUCAAGGCAAGGAGCGCUUCGAGUCCUUGCAAGUGACUCUCCGAAGCUUUCCUUUCUGCAUCUCUCUGUGGUAAGCGGCCUAUAAUGUCGGUGUUUCAUGUAAUAUCUGUUUACAUUUCCCUUCGCUAUUAUCGCGUCACUCAGCAGGCAAGUGGAAGCUUUCAACGUCAAUGAAGAGGCUAAUCGAAGUUUUCCUCUUUUGUUUCGGAGGAUAAUGACGAUAACACGAGCUGCUCUCUGUGUUCCAAACCAAGACGGGAGUGUAGGAGUGAGUCGGUCUCGUUUUCUCUUUUUCGCUCUCCACGGCGCUCCCAGGCCCGGACCAGCGUCAACUCGAGUGAGAUUAGGGUUAACGCAACAGCGAAGUGUGUGUGUGUGUGUGUGUGUGUGUGUGUGUGUGUGUGUGUGUGUGUAGGAGUGCUUGCAGGGAAAGAAAGGAAUGAGACUACAGAGGUGUAUCCAAGCCAUCAUCACGACCACCACCACUGCUUUCAUCGCUGCCCGGAGCCUCCCUUAAACAUGUGCAGUUCAGGACUUGCCGCAUCUCGGAGUCUUGGAGCGCGUGUGCACCUUUGUGGCUCCCUUAGUGGCCUCACCCUUCGUCUGUGUCAUACCUUGGGACAUUCCUGGACACCAGUCUGUGAUAUCUGCCAAGUAAGGGUCAUCCUGAGACAUUAAGGCAUAGAGUUAUCGACCAUGUUCUCCCCCGCGCCUUGGACUCUCCUCUGGUAACGCGUGACGGACCAAGGAACACGUGAUGCGAGUUGGACGCGUCUGCAGCACAGGGGUUGAUGAAAACAUGAUACUUAUAGCUUAUGUUGUGUAGUUCAGCCAGAUCAUGUACGGCGCGCAGCAUGCAGAUGGACAGUGAGUGGCUCCGUCUAGAUGCCAAAGGGUGUGGUUCCUUGUGUUGGAGCUGUGCAGUGCAGCGUUGAGCAAAGAUGACCACGAAGGGAGUGAGUGAAGCGAAUAGCAUUUUUAGUCACGAGUUUGUGUGAUGGAGCAGCCAGCGGUGGUCAGGACAAGCUUCACACCGCCUCUACCUGUAGAGAUGAGCAGCGACUAUUUGCACAAGGCCAACAGCUGUUUCUGUACAAAAUACAAAACGACAAAAAAAAAAAAUAUAACAGGAGUAAAUAAGCAAAGUUUUCUGCUUCCAUUACGAGUGGCGACAAAAUGAGAAAGCCCAGUGGAAUUUCUCUUCUCUUCUCCUUCUUUCGAGGAUGAUCGAUAGGAACUUGAGGGUGAAACUAAAGAAAGAACCAAAGAACAUGCGAGGGAUGCAGUUAAACUUUAGUCCCUUGAGUUCAUGACUGUUCGCGGCAUAAGUAGGAAGGAGUGGGGGCGUCACUCACCUGUGCUGCCCAGGUACACACCGUCACUUAGCCAGAACCAAAGAUGAAGAGGGAAUGCCGUGUCUCCUGUAGUCAGUACUCUAGUCAACCCGAUAGCAUACUACCCCUUGUUUGCUUUACAUUCACGUCCUCAUCGCCUCGUCUCCGCUGGUUUAUCAUACCCAACUAUCACACUCCACGUAGACCUAAUCUGGCGGCCUACUUAGUAGCUCGCCACGCCUUGUACAGGUAAGUGGCCGCAGGUAGAUUUCAACAAGCUCACCUUCAGGCUUUUGUAGAGAAUGAAGGACAAAAAACGACAAAGCAUUAUAGAUAUUUUCGUACACACAGCAGGUGAUGGAUGUGAAAAUAGAUUACAAGUAGAAAAUUGUAAACUUCGUGAGGCAAAAGAGGAACGUAAUAGUUAAAAGAUAAAAAGUACAUAUUCGAAAAGAGGAGUAGAAGAGAAAGGGAAGGUAGUAAAUAGUUUUAUCAUCAUUAAAAAGAAAGAAAGAAAGAAAUAAUCGACUUAAUUGUUUUUCAUCUCUUUUUAAGCAUCUAAAGUUUAUUACCGAGUGUUGCCAGAGUCGAACCUUCGCCCCAAACACUGAGUUGCAACAUUUUCUCGCCAUUCACACACACUAAGUGGUUUAGUCUUACUCAAUAGACGGCCUUUUGGGAGCACUUUUAUUCGAUUAACUGUCAAAACAUGUUGUGUGUGCAUGCAUGUGUGUGUGUGUGUGUGUGUGUGUGUGUGUGUGUGUGUGUGUGUGUGUGUGUGUGUGUGUGUGUGUGUGUGUGCCCCGCACGAGACCAGUGUAUAAAACCAGGUGUGCUGCAGGUGAUACGGAAGAAACCUAAUGUUAUCCUCUAAUUAGUAUCAUGUACAUAGCCUCAAAUUAUAUAGAUAUAUAUACAAUGAUUUUUUUAAAGGACCUCUACUCUUAAAAAAACAAAAGAAAAAAAUCUACCUACCUGUCUAUCUAUCCAUCUGUCUAUCUAUCUACCCUGACUUUCCCUCUGUACAUGUUCUACUUCCUUCCCUCAUCCAACCUUCCCGCCACGGUCUGUAUGUACACCGAUGCAUUCCCUCAUGUGUCCCCACCGUGAUACAUUCCUAAGUCUCCUUCAUUAUCUUCACCUGGUUUUUAUCCAUUAUUUUCUCGCUCUUUGUCCCUCUGUCUCCCUUUCUAAGAUGUGCCUAAGCCUCUCACUACAAUAAUUCAUAUUUGUAUUUAUAUUCCGCGACUUUCAGCCUUGUAAUACGAGAAGACAAGGGUUGUUUUCCCCAAAUAACCUGUGUAAGUGAAGGCACUCAGGUAACCUUUUGUCCACUCUACUGACGUGGACGAAAAACAGAGGCGUAAGCUGAUUGGUUGAUGAAUUCAGCUUCUCUUGUCCUCAUUGGCUGACUGAAAUAGCAAGUAGCCAGUGAGGAAUAAAAGCGGGGAUCACGUAUAAACUUUUUUUUUUCUAUAUAUCUUUGAAGACCAAUACUUUCUCUUUCUUGUAUUUUGGGUCUUGCCACGUAAUUGGUAUCUUAAGGGUGAAAGUCGCUGAAUUCCGGCUAACAACCAGUAUAAACGACUCGUAUUAUACUUUGGUGUUUCUACCCAGAUAAAUAAUGUGCCGAGACUAGUGAUAUGUUACAAUUAAUAUCAAAUAUAUUAUAUGUGUUCAUUA